GUAAUUUUGCAGUCGAGGGGAUGAAUUCUGCAAGUUAAAUUCCCAUCUAUGAUGAAUGUGCUGUUAAACUGUUAAGAAGUAUUUUCCAGCUCUUUCAACCAUUUAUUCAGAAGAAAAAGGAAGAGCGCAAAAUGAAAAAGCAAAUAGCCGCAGAAAUUCUCGCGCAUGUGCAGACCAAGUCAGUCAAAACCCUAUUCUUUGAAAAUGGCACACCUGAUCUGCCUGCUAUUAGAAGAUUAUUCGAACAGAUUGAUCGCAAUGGAGACAACAGCAUAUCACAAGCUGAGCUGAAGGAACUAAUGAUGGGCAUCAAGUUUGGUGACAUACCCUUUGACGUGGAUGAAGUAGUUUCAAAGGUCAUUGAGGUCUUUGACAGAAGCGGAAACUGCCAGAUAAACGAGGAGGAAUUCGUUGCUGGAUUGGUGAAUUUGCUCGAUACUUCAGGUGAAGGCAAUAAGAUCCGAGCGUCUAAGUUAAACACCAGUCAAGAUGAUUUCUACCAAAGAACUUGGGAAGAAACCGACAAAUUGGUGGAUGAAGAUAAGGGAAAAGGAGAUGCCCAGAAGACGUCAUGGAUUUGGGUCAAGUCUAUGUUGUCGUUGUUGCUCGGAGUUAUCAUAUUAGCGGUCCUUGCUGAACCUCUCAUCUCUAGUGUGCAGAGCUUUUCGAAAUCAGCAGGCAUACCGUCUUUCUUCAUCUCAUUCAUAUUGGUUCCUCUGGCCACAAACGCAAGAGGAGCUAGCGCGGCAAUCAAAGCAGCCAGACAUAAGAAAGAGCGAACCACUUCUCUAACACUUUCUGAUAUCUAUGGAGAAGUGUUCAUGAGCAACAUGCUCGGCUUCUGCGUCCUCUUGUCGCUGAUAUACGCCCGUGACUUGACAUGGGAAUUCUCUGCUGAAGUUCUUGUGGUGCUAAUCGUGUGUGGUGUGGUGGGUCUGAUUGCAAGCUUCAGGUCAACCUUCGCAGUUUGGACAUCGAUCCUGGCUUACUUGUUGUACCCUCUGUCUCUUCUCUUGGUCUAUGUUCUUGAUGAUGUCCUCAACUACUCUUAG